GUACUCAACACCUUCCCACUAUCCUACCCCACUGUCAUUUUUUCCUUUAAUAAACAUUCUCACACACACACAGAGUAUCCCAAAUCUAAGCUCUAUAUCAUCAUCACUAGUCCCCUGUUAGUAACUCUCCAAUUAACCCUCACCAAGGACUAAAAUCCUCUCAACAACAAAAGUUAUCAGAGGGAAAAAUUAUGUUUGAACAUAAUUAUUAAAUUCCUCUUGAUCUUGCUAGGUUUGAAUAGUGAAGAAAAUGGAAGGCAUGGAGAGAAACAGUUUCAACAGUAGUAAUAAUGACUUGAAACACAAAAGCUGCUUCAUGGCAAGAUACAUGAAAAAGUUUAGUAACAACAACGACAACAACAAUGUUAAAGAGUCAUCAUGGGAUUAUUAUUAUGGAAAUGCAGAUCAUGGAUUAAUCUCCUGGCCUCCAAGAUCUUACACAUGUAGCUUUUGUAAAAGGGAAUUCAAAUCUGCUCAAGCACUUGGUGGACACAUGAAUGUUCAUAGAAGAGAUAGAGCCAGGUUGAGACAACACUCACCACCUAAAAAUAAUAGGUAUUCUCUUCUAAACCUUAAUGUUGAUCCAAACACUAACCCUAACCCUAGUUUUUCAUCAUCAUCACCAUCACCCUCUCCUUCAAGAAAAUUCUCACCUUUUACUUCAAGAUUACUGUCUCCUCAAUCUACCACGUAUAAUAAUGCUGGUGGUUCUCAUGAAAUAAGGAUAUGGGAAAAAGAUGACCAGCUGAUAAAGAGUACUGGAGAAUUGGUAAAUAUGAAAAAUGCUAAAUUAGCACUUUGUGGGGUUGAUGGGAAACUUGGUUCUUUCAUGCAAGAAAAAGAAUUUCUGAGAUUGGACUUGGAUAUUGGCUUGUUCACUCAAUCAAAACAGGAUUUGGAUCUGGAACUUCGACUAGGAUACACUUAGACCAAAUUCCUACAGCAAUUAAGGUUUGUAAAAACAAGAAAAAGUAUGAUCAGGUGAUGAAGUAAUUCCAUGAAGACCACCUUGACUGGCGUAGUGCUCUCUAUUAUUUUUUGUUUUUUGUUCUUUUUUUAAAAAUUAUAUUCUCUUCCAUAUUAUUGCCAUGAUUUAGCUAUAUAUAUAUGGCAAGUAAUAUGGUUAAUCUGUCAAAGGUAAUUUCAACUUCUGCACUUCAGUAUCUCUUCUGUUGUGCUUAACUAUAUAUUUUCAUCGUAGUAUAUAGUUUUGCAUUUUAAGACUAGUGUCUGAUUCUUUUUUUGAUAUUGGGUGGCGUGAAACUCAAACCUAUGAUCUCUGUUUGCUUUCGUAUCAUAUUGAAAAGUGUGA